UGCAACGUGCCCUCUCGAUGGCAAAGGAAACGAGAAGGAAAUAAAUAAAACAAAAAAAACACAGUCCCGAUCCACAUCGAAGACGUACUGGAAACUGGUCAGAUGGUCCUGACGGCGCUCACACUCACAUACACACAAACACAUACGAUGAUGAUGAUGAUGAUGAUAACGACGACCACCACAAACAAAAGCAAACACCGGUAGCCGGUAGACGGGAAGUUUUCCUUGCCACUCCGGAGGCCCUUGGUGGACUUUUCCUUCGCGCUGUGCGCUCAGAUAUUCUUUCGGCUUCGAUCUGUACAGUUGACAGUCCAAGGAAUAUAUAGCCAGAACUGGCACUCCUUAACCCAUUCACCGUUCCAAACAUACGACAUCGUGUGGUGUUGUUUUUGUCGCACAGAAACGCACCAUCCAGUAGAGAGUUGUAUUUUUUUUUUACUUAACAUUCCUGGAAUGUUAAUAGCUGUGCGGUAGAACCACCAAGAAGAGCAAACCUUGCUUUAUUAGUGCAACACUUUACGGCACUUACUUGUUUACGUGAGCAAUAGAACUAGUGCGUGCAAUCAUCGGUAGAUCCUGCCUGACGUGUGGAGUGAAAAGACGGUAUUUUUGAAACAGAGUGUACUGAGCGUUGCCAUGGGAACCAACCCCAAUGGACGUGACAACUGAGCUAGCUGGCUAGUGUGUGCAUUCAUGUUGUGUGACUGUUUUUUUCGAGCUCCCGUGAUAGGCAAGGGACACCUACUCGUGAUAAGGAACAUUGGUUGUUACGUUUAUUUUCGUUAAUUUACCAAGGAUAAGAAACAACGAGCCGCGUAAAAGUGAUACACGUGCAUACAAAAAUACGAUAAAUACAAUAUUACUUUAGUAGGAUGAUAGGAAAGUUAGAGUAGCAUAAAUACGGAUCCGUGUACUUUCGUGUAUUUGCGUGGGAUAGUUUUAGUUAGCUUUAUGUAGGUUAGUGGCUUAACAGGGCGUUGAUCGGUAGGCAAAAUUUGCUAGUACUGCAACCCGUACGAUAGCUCCUUUUGGCUUCCAAGCUUUUCGCGGUGUACGGCCAGUGCACGUAGUAGCUUUGCGUAGGGCUGUUCGUCGCUCAGCCUGCUUAGAUCGGAGAUACGGCGUCGCGCUAGGCAAUGCUUUGAAUGUGUGCUUCAACGUACCGCCCCACACCAUCCGCUUCCGUGGCCGCCCGUGCACGUUUGGGCGAUUGAUCGCAUCCGGUAAUGGAACUCAAGCCCCGCUCCGCCUCACCAACGACCGUGCCCAGUGGUGUGAUAGUGCAGAGUGCGCUAGCAGCCGGCUCGCUACCGGAGCAGAUCGGCACAGAGAGUGCGGCCAGCAGUAGUUUGCUAGCCGGCAGUAGUAGUUGUACCUCGCCCUUAGCUAGUACCGUAGGUCAGGUGGGACAUCUUUCAGACCGUGCGUCCGAACCGUUCGGAUCGGCCGGUGGUACGGCAACGACGACGUCCACUGGUUCGUCCACUGUUGCGCCUGCGAAGGUAGCCCCCUCGGCACUGUCCUCCUCGUGCUCGGGCCCGAUCGCCGUGCACGGUAAACAAUCGCCGUCCAUCGCGACGCCGGUGAAAAGCUCGAACGUAUCCGGCGGUAGCAGCUCCUGCAUACCGAGCCCCAUCCUUAGCCCGCCGGGAAAAAUCUUCGGACGAAACAACAACGGCAUCAUGGUUGUCACAUCGACCCCAUCGAACGAAGCCGAACUUCAGCUGUACCGGGUGCUGCAGAGAGCAAGCUUGCUCAACUACUAUGACACACUGCUCGAGAUGGGGGGUGAUGACGUCCAGCAGUUGUGUGAUGCGGGCGAGGAAGAGUUCCUGGAGAUCAUGGCACUGGUUGGGAUGGCCUCGAAACCGCUGCACGUUCGUCGGCUCCAGAAGGCACUGCACGAGUGGAUGACCAAUCCCUCCGCCUUCCAGAGCCCGCUCACGAACGUGGACAUACCGUCGCGGAUCCCGUACAGUCCCGAGCCGGGGUCGAUAGCGCGCAGCGUUUCGACGGCCAGCACUGGACCGUACGGUGGUCCGUCGACCGUUGCCGGCAGUUUUUCGAACCUGACCGCCAAUGCUGCCGCCAGUACGAACCUUCCGCUCACACCGCCGACACCGAUCCCGUCCGCUCCUGCUUCGUCCUCCUCUUCCUCCUCCUCGGCAGUGGCCGCUGCCGCAGCGGCAGCCGCUUCAGCCGCAUCGUCCACCCUCGGCCAUCUCGGCACGGGUGUCGGUCCUUUGGGCCAUCAUCAUCUGCUGCACCAUCACCAUCAUCAUCAUCCGCUGAGCAGCAGCAAUCUAAGCAGCACGAUCAGCAACCAGAUCGGAUCCACCACCAGUGGUUCGGUGCAGCUGACACCGUCGCUGACGGAGGAUCAGGUGGCAAAGAUAAUACAGGCGGCCGAGCGGCUGUCACGCACCCUGCCCCGGCUCGAACCGCGCCAGCAAAGCAUCAAGAAGCGUUCGGCACGCGACCUGGAGGCGGUUAUCGCGAUGAGCGAAAGCGAUCCCCGGCGGAUGGAUGAGAUACGCAAGUACUCGGCCAUCUACGGCCGGUUUGACUGCAAGCGCCGUCCGGAGAAGCCCCUCACACUGCACGAGGUGUGUGUGAAUGAGGCGGCCGCCCAGAUCUGCAAGUACAUCCCGGCGCUGCUGACAAGGCGCGACGAGCUGUUCCCACUCGCCCGGCAGGUGGUGCGUGACUGUGGGUUUGGUCAUUCGGCCAGCAUACGAUUGACGGGGCUGAGCCAAACGCAGCCAAAUCGUGGUGACGAACUGGACACGGUGCAGCAGCUGAAACGAGCCCGCCUCUCAAGCGACACCAGCUCGGACAUGGGCAAGGAAAACUCGGAUGACAAUCGCGACAUUUCGAGCGGCUCCAUUUACCAGCAGAUCAGUGACAAACCCUUCGAUUUAACUGAUUCAAGUAAAUUUUCAUACACUAGAUCCGAAUUUGAUGACACAGAUUCUCGAUUUAGUUUUAGCAAUUCAAGUUCGUCACCAGUUCAAGCUGGAAAUGGAGCCGACCGAGAUUUGAGCGAUCCCGACUUUGGUGAGCUGCGUUCGCACACUCCCCGCGUUUUGGACCCGACCGGUGGUUCCCUCGGCGUACAGGUCAUUUCAUCCUCCGGUGGUCACAUCAUUGCCGUUGCCAACCCAGCCCUAGCACUCAGCCCAGCGCUCAGCGAAGCGAUCUCGAUCAAGCGGGAGACCAUCUCGCCGGAUCUCUGAACCACACGAUCUCAUCCCAUACCUCCAUAGACCAUAUGCUAUGCCGGGCCACUGGCAUAAUUUAUUUCCUUUUAUCAAUAACCCAAGGAUGACCAGUGUAUAUUGUAGCAAUAGGGUUAAGGUUCCGUUUUGCUUAUCAUUUAUCUCUGGUGGAGGAUUUUGCAAAAUUUGCGUAGGUCAAGGCAUCACGUUUAGUUUGUACUAGUCGGCAACUUUGUAAAAGUUUUUUUUUUCAUAAACACGCACAAACAAGCAUACUUUCUGAAUACUUACGUUCGGGCAAAUUACUUGUGCAAGCAUAAACUCUUGCAAUUACGAAAGAGAGAGGGAGAAAGAGAGAGAGAGAGAGAGAGAGAGAGAGAGAGAGAGAGAUUAACCAGAUAGAAACAAAAAAACGAUGCAAACAAGCUGUAAACGUAAAUGCAAUUUUAGAUCAAUAUGUUAUGUCGAAGUGACUAAUUUUUUUUUGUCAUAAUUUUGUUAGUUCUGAUCAAUUUCUAAAUUUUCUAUUCAAAAUUUGGUAAUAUGCAUAAGAUUCUUUCUUCAGUGCAAAUUUCAAUCCGCCCAAAAGACUGUUUAAUCAAGCAAACUGAUAGGACUGCUUAUUUAUGUAAUGUAGGUAUUUGUUUUACUGUAUUAUUAUAACCGCUUUUUUGUUGAUGUUGAUUUUGAUUCUGCGUCGUGAUUGUUUCAUGUUUAAAAGAACACAAUUUUGGUUUACACACAAUGAGACUGGCUUCCCGAAAUGGUCGACAAUUUUAGUUUAAUUCACUACGUUUCGAUCGGUAGCUUUUGGGUUGAUCAAUGAAGAGGUAAAGAGAUUUGCAAAUAAAAACCAUUCAUAACGACAAAAGGAUGAGACAAUUAAUGCAAGCAAAAGAUAGUUGUACAUAAAAAAAGAGAUAAAAUUUUACAAACAAGAAGCAUGCCUCGAAACAGUCAAAUUGAGCAUGUGUCUAUUACCAAGGGAGUGCAAAAUGAGAGGGCUAAAUAAAACAACCUUACGCUCAACGCCCUUGUAGCAAAAUUUUAAUGUAACAAACUCAUCGUAUACUUCUUAUAUCUAUGAAAAAAAAUAUGAAAAAGAGAUAUAUUUGUACUUGCCAUGCGAGUACAGACAUGGUACAAAACUGAACAACAAAACAUCGGUAUCUGAUAGAAUAAACACGCAUUUUAAGAACAACA